AUGGAAUUGGUGCAGAGGAUAUGGACUAAAGUUAAAAAACUGAAAAUCGGAGACAUUUCUGCGUUGACUACUAAACCAUCCGCAGUGUUGUCUGAUCUAUUAGAAACAGACGAUUACUACCGAAUACAGUAUUUUAUGAGGAGUUUUACAAUAAUCACGGCGGAUUCUUAUGGGCGGAACCUACUGCACUUGUUUGAUCUUCCAUGUGAUAAAAAACAGUAUUUACUAAGAGCAGUGGACGAUGAAGGUAACAACGUUCUACACCUGGCUGCGCUUUUGCCCCCUGAAUUCAAAUCAUUCUCAGGUUUAAGUGCAAAAAUUCAAAUGAAAAAAGAGCUCUCUUGGUUCCAGGGUUUGAUGAAAAGAGUUCCUGAUGAAUUAAGGAUUAUGAGAAACAAGAAGGGGAAGACACCAAUUGAAGUAUUUUAUGAUGAACACAACCAGUUAUCCAAAGAUAUCAAAGAAUCUGCUAAAGGAAUAGCUGAGUCUGGGAUGGUUGUGGCAACGCUUGUUGCUACUGUAGCAUUUGCAGCUGCUCUCACUGUUCCAGGUGACAAGAAAUCUGUUAACAAUGCCUGGUUCAUAGUUUUCAUAGUCACAAAUGCAAUCGCACUGUUCACUUCUUCUGCGUCCAUACUCUCUUUCUUGUCAAAUUUCACUUCUUCAAGAUUCGGAAACGCUGAAUUUGUUAUAUCACUACAUCCCAGCUUGACUUUUGGCUGGGAGUUACUAAUAAUCUCCGUUGCUGCUAUGGUUGUGGCUUUCGUUGCAGCAUCCUUUCUGAUAUUUGAUCACACAACAAAAUGGGUUUCUUAUGUAGUGACUCCAAUGGGGUUUUUCCCAUUGCUUGUGUUUAUUCUCUUCCAAUCUAAGUUCUUCGACGACUCCUAUUGGUCUAAAUACUAUCAUCCCAAACUUGAACUCAGGCACCUACGUUAG